AUGGCGCCGCUACGCCCCGCAGCGGCUCGUCGGCUAGCGCUCCUCGCGCUGGUGCAGCCUGCCGCGCUGCUUCGCAGCACACCGCGCCUCGCCGCCCGGCCGGAGGCCGUCGGCCGGCCUGCCGUGGUUCGGAUGAUGGCGGGCGAGGCGGCGACGGCGGGCCGCAAGAGCGCGGCCGUGGCGCAGGGCGAGAAGGGCGGCGGCGGGGCGGGGCGGGGCGCGCUGGACCUCAACCCUCCGCGGGGCACUCGCGACUUCUAUCCCGAGGAGAUGGAGCUGCGCACGUGGCUCUUCGACGCGUGGCGCAGGGAGGCGCAGCUGCACGGCUUUGAGGAGUACGACGCUCCCGUGCUCGAGAGCGUGGAGCU